AUGUUGAUUUUUGGAGUUUACAAACGUCAAAGGAUCGAGUUAGAAGUUCCAGUGGAAAUGACUGUCCGGGAGCUGAAGGCCGUAGUUCGAGAGAAGCUCGGGAUGUCUGAGGACGUCAUAAAGCGAGACAACAAACUCCUGGUACUCUCGUACGCUGGAGGUGACCUUGAAGACACGUGGGUAUUUUCCGAUCUAGGGCUUCUACCUGGAACCACCUUAAAAAUCCAGCUCAAAGACAACAUACAACCAGUACUGUACAUCAGAUGUUCACACAAUCAGGAGACAAUCAACGUGUUUGAUGACCUAACACUGACCGACGGGAGAAUCAGCCUGGUUCGCAGUUUGGCCUCGGCGCGGUCGGGUCUUCCGGUAGGGAUAUUUCGCCUCACAACCUUCGACCACACAGAGAUGUUCGACCACCACAGCCUCCAUGACUACAGAGUUGAUAGAGGUCAGACCAUACUCCUAGAGGUCUGGGACGGCUGGAGCGAGUUCUUAAAUCUGUCCAUUAUGGGGUUUACCCCACAGGUGAUGGCACUCUUGGAUGUCGACGAGGCCGUGGCGCGUUACCAGCUCAAAGUUGCCUUGUUUGUCGCAGCCCAUUUUGGACACAUAGAUCUAGCCAGGUGUGUGCUCAAGCAGGGCGUUGGCUCCGAUGAGCCCACGGGUUACCAUCCGGCAAGGAUGUGGUGUCAGAAACAAGGUCACGUGGACAGCCUCAAAUGCCCAGUACACGAAGCGACUCUGUCAGGCCAGGUUGGAGUUUUAAGACUUUUCGUCAACUUUGACAUCACCUGUCUCAAGGCCAAGGACGGACAUGGCCUGGAACCUCUAAACCUCGCUCUAAGACAUAAGGUCAAGAACUGCGCCUCCUUUCUACUCUCCAAACAAUGGACGAGAGUUAACGUCACCAAGGAUUUAACUCUUCACGUUGCAACAUUAACCAAAAUAAGGAAAUGGUGCGAACGCGCGAAAGAAAGAGCUCUAGUGAAAUAUGGGCCGGGGAAAAGUUCCCUGAAACGGCGAAGAUUCAACACUGGGUCACUGGUGAUUCACGGGGUUGUCCUAGACGGCUUUUCUAAAAGUCCAAUGACUGGCAGGUCUAAAACAGAAGUUCUCAAAGACAAAAAACAUCCUGGGUCAACAAUUGACCCCGAGCGCUAUUUCCGGUCCGUUUUGGUCGCUCAAGAUGCUAGGCUCCGACAGAGGCCACGUAAGCAUCCGCUGCGUUGGCAUAAAUCGUCUACUUCAUCGCAAGUUUCCAAAAGCGGAAGUCGUUGUUAUGCUUUCAAAACAUCUAAUAACUGUUACACCCCAUUCCACUGUUCAGGUUUCAAGAAAGCAAACUACAUCUUUUUUUCGAGCGACCUCAGCUUCGGGUCUCGGCGUAAAAACAGGAGAGCUUCGAAAUUAAAAAGUCAAACUGUACCUUCGGAAACAGCUUCUACAGAUGAGAUCUUUCUGGAAGAAAAGAUUUCAAUGGCUUCAAAGAAACGUAAAAAGCGUUAUAGGACGCCCUCGGCGGUUUCGCCAAGGAUAAAUACGACCAGAAGCUCGAUGCAGCUACCACUGGGCAGCUUCGAGCGGUCUCCCCGGCCUUUCUUUUACCACCAGGGUGUCCGCGAGGAUGAGUUGAUAGAAGCAGCUCUCCGACUUGUGGCGAGAUACAAGGGAGAUUCCAGCCGUGAGAGGGCCAUUAAGUCUUUGUCCCUAGCGAAUUCUUUCAGCGAAAUGCCUUGGCUGUGUAGAGUCAGGCUUGCGUUAAACGUGACCUGGCGUUCACUUCAAAGGAGCCUACCAGUGAUACAGUAA